GCGGAAAAAUUAAUCAUUCUCACGGCAGGUUUCAGUUACGACUAUUUCCACUGUUAUAUUUCUAUAAGUCGAAAAUGGCUAAAUUUUUGUUGAGCUUUGUCAAUAUUUUACUUUUGGUUGCUUACGUUCAAUCUGGACCAGUUCCAGAGGAAUUUUUAGAUGUCCAGCCAACAAUUCGUGCUACGUGUGUGAAGGAAUCAGGAAUUCCUAGUGAAGAUUUGGUCAACAAAGCAGCAAAAGGAGAAUUCACUGAUGACCCUCAAUUAAAGUGUUACUUGAAAUGUAUUUUUGAUCAAUUCAGAUUAGUAAGCAAACGUGGAAUCAACUUUGACGCAAUGUUAGCUUUAUCUCCUCCAUCAAUGAAAGAAUCUGCGACUAAAAUGAUCAAAGAGUGCCGUGAAACAAAGGGAAAAGAAGGUGAUCUCUGUGAUUUGUCUUAUGAAGUUACCAAGUGUUUGUACAAUUCAAACCCUGAGACCUACUUCAUUCUUUAAAUAUCUCUUCACAUUAAUAAAAAUAAAAUAUCCAGAUCGACAAUUGUUUAUGUGUAGGAUCGAGUUAUAAAUUUAAUUACUUAUUUCCUAGAUUAAUGGAAGAUAACAAAAUAAAUAAUUAUUCUAUACUGUAAA